AUGAUUAGGAAGUCGAGGUCUAUUACUGGGAAGCUAGUUGGACCGAAUACUGCAAAUUUGAAGCGUAUAAAGCCUGAAUUGGCGAGAAAGAUUAUUCGAAGGUAUCAUUUUAUGAAUCAAAGAAAACAGAAGAUUUGUUCGUUACUUGGCAGUAAAGAUGUGGAAAUGUAUAGAAAGCAUCUGAGUUUCGAAGAAGGCUGGAAUGCACGCCUGAAUGGGGUAGAUUCUGUUGUGGAGAGUGUGUUACGAAACAUCGGUACUUCGAAUGAGAGAGAUGCAUUGAUUAAACUUCUUGGAUAUAUUAUGAAAGAGGUUGAAGAUGAGAUGGGACUAGCCAAUUAUCAAUUUGCUAGUAGGAUGGGACAGGACGCGAACCGAGGAGGAGAUUCAUCGAAGAUACUUGUACAAUGGAUUCGGGAAUUGAUAGAUGAAGGAAAAUUAGAAAGGAAUAGGAUGAAAGCAUUAGAGAUAGGAUCAUUGAGUAAAAUGAACAAGAUUUCGACUAGUGGCAUAUUUGAACCUGUAGUGAGGAUUGACUUAAAUAAUUCUAACGACAAUGAAGGGAUUAUACGACAAGAUUUUAUGAAGCGACCUAUACCGACGGGCGAAAAUGGGAAAUUUGACCUAAUAUCAUGUUCAUUAGUAUUAAAUUUUGUCGCUCAAGCCAUUGAUCGUGGAAGGAUGUUGAGAAGAUUUAAAGAUUUCCUAAAGGGAUCAAAGCUGAUUUUCAUUGUACUUCCACUGCCAUGUAUGGAUAAUUCGAGGUACAUGGAUACUAAUCAUUUCAAAGAAUUAAUGGAAGCGCUUGGAUACGAUAAGAUCCGAUACUACAAGGCGAAGAAACUUUGCUACUUCCUGUUUAAGGGGAAUGGAGAGAGGGAACGACAAGGUAAGAAGUUCACGAAGAAACUUAAAUUACACGAUGGGCCAAAUAUGAACAAUUUCACCGUCCUUUUUCCAGAUAUGUAA